CAGACCAUUGUGUUUGUCCGGUGUCUUUUCAUAAACCUUGAAUUAAAUCGUAUUGCAAUGAAAUAGAGCAUCAUUUCCUACCAUUACCUUUCGUGUUCACCGCCGAAAUAUUUAAUUUAUUGUUUGGUUUGGUUGGAAUGGGCUGGGUGGUUAAUUAAGCGCCGGGUUGACCAAGGUUAUUGUAAGAAGUAGUCCUAAUGUCGGGAUUUGAAAAUGGAAGCAUAACGUUGGACGAGGAGCGGAAUGUAUACUAUGCCGGUCAAGUGUUGUCAGGAAGACUGGAGUUCGGAGUCAUCCAGCCACUUCAGUUCAAGGCCAUCAACAUAGUCUUCCACGGUGAAGCCAAUGUAUCCUGGGAGGAGACGGAGGUGGAGGAGUACGAUGGAGUUCGGAGUUACAAUAACAUACAGUAUGGCGGCGAGGAGGUGUUCUUCCAUGUAGAGCAAUGUGUCUGCGGUGGUGUUGGCGUAUCACAACUACAGCCAGGCAGCCACACUAUACCAUUCCGGUUCCAAAUACCGCCUACAGUGCCUUCAAGCUUCGGUACAGGGGAUGAUGACGAAGAGAGAACUAUUUAUUACUUCGUCAAGGCAGUUCUGGAAUACCACGAUGGCCGUGAGAGCGAGGAGCUGGAGAAGGAUUUCGAAGUUGUGGUGCCACUGGAUUUGAACCUCAACCCGGAGAUGCAGGUAGAAAACGAGGUGAUCUUCGAAGAAGCAAUCAGUUCCUGCUUGUGCGGCUCAGGGCUGCUGAAGGUGACCGUGACGCUCCCAGCUACAGGCUUCGCUCCUGGUAUGGUGGUGCCUAUUGCUGUCAAAGCUGAUAACCACAGCUCGGUGGAGAUUACUAAGAUUCUCUUCGAGUUAGUUCAGAGGGUGAAAUACUUCAGCACGGACCCACCAUCAAAAAAAGAGGAACCGGAAAGGAGACUACAGUGCUCAAAAACCGCCAGCGCCAUACCGACCAAGACGAGAAGGAACUUCGAGCUCAACUUCCAGAUACCGGACUUAAUACCGGUUAUUACGCAGAACUGUAAUACCAUUAAAGUGGGCUACUUUUUUAAGAUGAAAAUAGUUCUCAGUGGCUGCAAUGACGACCUAGAAGACGAAAUGGAAAUCUGUCUCGGCCAAAUUCCCAUACGUGAAAUGGUAGACGGUGAUUACGUCCAUCCCUUACAAAGUGAUUUGCCUAAGGGCCCUAUACCCCACCCAGGAGAACCGCCUAUAGAAAUACCACCUUACGUAUAUCCGUCACAGACUAUACAAGUAAUUUCUAACUAUACUGUAAGCGCUUAUCCUGGUAGUUACGCGCCGCCUGCAGGGUAUUCUUAUCCUAAUCAAAAUCAACCCUACCCUGGAGCAAACCCUACUGCGAGUCCUUCUUACCCUGGCGGUAACCCUAUUGCUAGCCCGAACCCACCGUACCCUGGUGGUAACCCUAUCGCUAGCCCGAACCCACCUUACCCUGGUGUACCAGGACCAAACCCUCCCUAUCCUAGUAACCCUACUCCCGCUCCUGUAAUAGGGUUUGUAGCCAGUCCAGGGUACCCUCCUGCUACGGGAACUACGCCGUACAACCCAAGCGCGCCUCCAGAGUAAGUUGAACUUUACAGAGUUGUGACAUCGAGUAGUAUUUGAACCUUCUAUGCAGCAGUUAAGUUUCAACUUCAAAAGACAGCUCUAAUACCUAACCGUGCCGCGUUCUCACAUCCAUUGCUGCUACCCUUUGAGUGUGAAAUUUAAUACUAUAAUUACUGUUUAGGUUCGAAUUCCUCUGACUGAUAGAAUGUGCGCCGUUUGUGAAUAGGUACGACACCGGCAGGGUAUUUAACGAAAACGUACAAUAACACUUAAUGUAAUGAAAAUAAGAUAUUUUUUAAUUAAUAUGAAUGCUAUUGAAUUGUUGUGCAUCCUGUGCCUUUGAGUUAUAUUAUAUGCACAAAUUAUAUUAUUGUGCCAUUUUUAUAAGCUUUUCAAAGUAUAAUUAGUAGUCCUAUAAGAGUUGUCGUUGUAAUAUAUAACCUUUUAUUUUUGUCAUAAACUCGCUUUUUGAGGGCAAAUAAUCUAAAAUGUAUUUAUGGCUAGUCUAUUUAAAAAAAGUAAAAAUUAACAAGUGGCAACACUGUAGUUGAAAUAAGUAUGAAACGGGGCGACUCUACAGCAUCAUCUCAUUCGUUUUUUGACAAGUUCUUGAAUUAGUCCCAUGAUUCUGCUUUCAUUAAUUUCAUUAUACAUACUCCUGAUACUCAAUUUGUCACUUUCUUCCACGGGCCGGAAAACCCCUUCGUCUGAUUAUCACUGAUACAGUAACAUUGCCAGAGUCUUAACUUGACGUUAUGGUUACCAUAUUAACGUGGAAACCUUUCUGAAUUUACCCUUUUAUUGGUAACCGGUCCCUGCUUUCGACAUUAACGAUAAACGAAUGUCUACAAUGUUGUCACUUCUUUUUUGGCAGACUGUACGUAUAGUGUUACUCAAAAAUAUUUAGUAUUCUUUUAGAAUACAUUGUUACUAAAGGCUUAUUUUAUUAAAGUUUAUAACGGAUCUAUGCCAUAAUAAUAACUUUUAUAUGUCUUUCUUGUUGGAUUACCUCAUGUCAUGUGCAUUUGUAAAACUAUUUUAUACUAAAUAGUUUUAGGAAUGAUCUUUUACUUUAUAAUAUUUAAGUACAAUAAUCACAAAUCGGAAUAGUGCGUUAAAUGAUAUUAUGAUUCAUGUAAAGGCUGGUACAGACGGGCUGAAACCCGAUUGCUAUUUAUAAGGGAACUACACGUCUGUAUCGGCCCUAAGAUAUAAUGUUGGUGUGUGCCAUUUGGUAUGUAUUGCCAAGGUGCUAUAUUUCAGAAUGUACUUAUAUUUUAUACGUUAUUAUACAUUUAUACACUAUAUUAUAAUAUUGGCAAAUAAAUGCUUGAUUUCUUAUUAAGAA